AACAGAGAGAAGAGAAGUUGCUCUGGCGAACCCGUUGCAGGCAACCGGACCCGAUGCUGUUAAGACAGUGAAUGAUGCGAUUAUGCUUCCGGGAAUCAACGGAGAAGCGGGUUUCGAUCUUACCGAGAUACCUUCGGAUAAGCAAGUUCAGAAGGAGUGGACUUGUGCUAUGUGUCUAGUAAAAGUCAAAAGUGAGAACAUUGAAUAUCCAUCUACAAGGAAGGAAACACAUGAAUGCAUCUGAGAGGUUAACGAAAGCAAAGAACCAGCCUUGCAAAGGCAAUGUUGGUUCGGGUUCGGCGGUUAAGGAAACUCUGAAACACGGCUCAAGCAGUAAUAUUCAGGGAAGCCAAAAGAAGCAAAAACCUCCCAAAGGCCAAGUAUCUGCUGCUGCUGCUUCAGUGGCGCCUAUGAACUCUGAUCUUCCCAGCAAUAUUGCAUACACAUGCUACAGGGCAGUGAAUCCUAAACCCGAGACAGGCGAAUUUCAUCUGCCGAAAGAGGAAUCAGAGAAGUCGUUACCGACGACUAACAUGGCGGGAAGUCAAGUAAAAUCAAGUGAAAAAGUACAAGGGCAGCUACAGGUUGGAAAGGAAGAUGGUGAGACUACAAUUCCUCAAUUUUGGUGCACCAUAUGCAACGUAACCUGCAGUCGAUCGGAGGACUUGAACUGUCAUCUCUGGGGAAGGAAGCACUUAGCCCAGAUUCAGAAGCUGAAUAAUCUUCAAAUAAGCAAACUUACUUGA